ACCGGUCCGGUAUACAGAGAGGAGCAUUGCACGGGUACGGAGGGGACGUCUGUAAGGAUUCCCGGAGGAUGCUGAGCGGGUGACCCGGAGAGAAGAGCUGGGUGUCCGCCCUCCUCCCCCAUCCCUCCGUGCGGUGUGUGUGCAGGAGGCGGCGGCGGCGGCGGCGGCUCUGCUGUCUAUGUGACCCGGACGCCCGAUGUUCACUGACCUUCGCACCCGGAUCGGGGAGAGGGAUCCCGCCGGACGAGGGGACUACAGCCCGGAGCGGGGCACCAUGGACGCUGCCGCUCACUUCAGAUUUUGUCGGAACCUCUUGGAACACACCGCGUCCUCCGAGAAUCUUAACCACCGCCUCCGACGUGAUAUCGGUAACAGCCUGACCUGGCACGAUGGCCGAGGGCACAGGACAACCGGAGGCAGGGCCAUUAAACUCCUUAAACAGCCUGGAACAGAUGUAACACAGGUAAGACCCAGCGAUCAAUACGGAAUAUAUCAUACCAGUCCGUCUUUCAGCUGCCUCACAAAACCGGUCGUCCUUUGGACCCAGCAAGACGUGUGCAAGUGGCUGAAGAAGCAUUGCCCACACAACUAUCUCACCUAUGUCGAGGCCUUCUCCCACCAUGCCAUCACAGGCCGAGCCCUACUGAGGCUGAAUGCAGAAAAAUUGCAGCGAAUGGGCAUUACCCACGAGUCUCAGCGGCAGGAGGUCUUACAGCAGGUUCUCCAGCUGCAGGUACGGGAGGAGGUCCGCAAUCUGCAGCUGCUCAGUCAAGCUUCAUUUGGGAAUUUCUAAUAGAGCUGACCCUACCAAACACUGUGACCGAGUUCACGCUGGGAAUCUGCAGCUGCAAUCUCCCCCGUGCCAAACUGACUGCUGUAAUGCCAAGUACACUCCAUAGUUCCAUCUCUCCCGAAAAAAACCUGCAGAGGGGCGCAAGACAAUAACUGGAUCAGCUUGGGAUCAUUGAACCAUCCAGGGGUCACCAAACACGCUGGAGGAGGGUCUUCUGGGGGCGGAUAUAUCUCUGACUUAACCGUACAAAUUUACCCCCACCUAUUGCAAUGGUUCACUGGACAACCGCUUUGCUUCUCUGGGCAAACAGAUAUGGAAUUGUGCUAAACUCAGCUUUUUGGCUAAGCUUUUGUUGUCACCGGCCUGUGAUUUUUCCAUAGGCGCCUAUUCAGAAUCUGCUGCACUACACUAGAGAUGGAGAACCUUGGCACCCCAGAUGUUUUGGAACUACAUUUCCCAUGAUGCUCAUGCACUCU